AUGACAUCGUCGUCCGAGAAGAUUUGGCCAUAUAAAGCUACGGGUCUUCCUCCAUGGCUACUGCCUUUGCAUUUGCCCACCUCUCGUGAAACUUAUGAGGGUUUGAUGAAUAAGCACAGGAAAUUUCAUAAUGACUACUAUAAGAUUGCGUUGAAGCAUUUGCGUGUUUCCCUUCAAUCGAUAGCGCCAGUAAUUGAGGCUUUUGACCCUUUAAUACAGAUGCUUCUUCUCGGAGAUCGGGUCAACGAGGCUCUUGAUGAACUUGAAAAAUCAUUUAAAAUUUCAGAUACAGUGCUCCAGUUAAGAAUGAAAGCUGCUCUCUUGGAGCAUUUUAGUGGCAUAAACAACUUGAAACUCUGUACGUGCUUUGAGGACAUUUUAAAGAAGGAUCCAACAUGCAGCAACUCGUUGGCUAGACUUGUUGUCAUGCAUCAACGAGACAAACCCGCCCACCAUUCUGAAAUUGUUUUCAUAUAUUGGGAAUUAAUGGAUGGAAAUCCUCUUCAAAGAUCAAGUGAUGUUUCUUUUUCGGUCAGUUUGUAA